GAUCGCGCACGUACCUAAGACGAGGGGAAUAUUUCUCUUUUCGUUCAACGCUUUGUUCAAUGAGGACCGUUUGUCGGGAUCCGUUUUAAUCCGCGACGUAAAAUAUAUUAAAACGUUUACGAAAUGAGUGAAACUCUUCAGCUAAGAGGUACGCUUCGGGGGCAUAAUGGAUGGGUCACUCAAAUUGCGACAAAUCCGAAAUAUCCGGACAUGAUAUUGUCUUCUUCACGUGAUAAGACACUGAUAGUAUGGAAAUUAACACGUGAUGAAGCCAAUUAUGGUAUUCCUCAAAAACGCUUAUAUGGUCACUCUCACUAUAUUAGCGAUGUAGUUUUAUCCUCCGAUGGGAACUAUGCUUUGUCUGGUUCGUGGGACAAAACUUUGCGUCUUUGGGACUUAGCCGCAGGUCGUACCACACGAAGAUUCGAAGACCAUACCAAGGAUGUCUUAAGCGUUGCUUUUUCUGUGGACAAUCGUCAAAUCGUGUCUGGCUCUCGAGACAAGACGAUUAAGUUGUGGAAUACUUUGGCAGAGUGCAAGUACACCAUCCAAGAUGAUGGACAUUCAAACUGGGUCAGCUGUGUACGUUUCUCUCCAAAUCAUUCAAAUCCAAUCAUAGUUUCUGCAGGUUGGGACAGACUUGUCAAGGUUUGGAACUUGACAAACUGCAGGCUAAAAAUCAACCACAGUGGACAUACAGGAUACCUUAACACAGUUACUGUGUCUCCUGAUGGUUCCCUUUGUGCUUCUGGUGGCAAGGAUUGUAAGGCUAUGUUAUGGGACCUGAAUGAUGGGAAACAUCUUCAUACACUUGACCAUAAUGACAUAAUAACAGCUCUCUGCUUUAGUCCUAAUCGUUACUGGCUUUGUGCUGCAUUUGGACCAUGGAUCAAGAUUUGGGAUCUUGAAACCAAAGAAAUGGUAGAGGAAUUGAAACCCGAAGUUGUAUCUGCGACAAGUAAAGCAGAACCACCUCAUUGUCUGUCUUUAGCAUGGUCUACUGAUGGACAAACGCUAUUUGCUGGAUAUUCUGAUAACACAAUUCGUGUAUGGCAAGUUUCUGUAUCUAGCCGUUAAGUACUUUAUACAAAAGUAAAACAAUAAAAAAAAAAAGAAAA